AUGGCAAUCAUCGCCGAGCUCGCGCUCUCCUAUGGGGGCACACACUUCUACACCUACCACAAUUUAUUCUCCGCCAAAUGCGCAUUACGAGUGACCCAGUGGAACCAGUGUCCUUACUGGGGGGCUUUGGACACUGAGCUCCACAAUCGGGUAUUUUUAGGAUGCCGCAAUCUAACCUGCGCUGUCUGCCGCUCCAGUCUGCACCCCACUACCUCCUGUCCUCUAAUCACUCCCUCCUCUGAUCCUACUAAAUCAUCCAUCAAAUCCACCAGCUAUGUUCCUCAACCACCCAGCCACAACAUCCCUUCUCUGCUGUCUCCCUGCCUCAAACCCUCCCUCCCUAACCGUGACAUCUGCAUGAAUUUUAACAUCAGCAGAUGUCUAACCCACGGAUUCCACCCAGGCAUCUCAGCUCUUCCUUCUCACAAUCUCUUUUGUCCCAAUUUGCAGUCUGCUACCACUGAACCCGAUACUGUUGAUUAUCUUAUUAAAAAAGAAAUCGACAAUAACUUCAUGAUCGGACCAUUCAUGGCUCCUCCAUUCAAUGUCUCACGAAUUAGCCCCAUAGGAGUCGCAACUCGAAAAUUUUCUGACAAAAAACGCCUAAUAAUUGAUCUUUCGGCCCCCCACAAUUCAGUUUUUCCCAGCAUUAACAGCACUAUCCCAUUAGACGAAUAUUCGCUCAACUACCACGACAUUGAGCAAGCUAUCACCCUCAUCAAAAUAGCCGGUCGCAACGCCUGGCUAGCUAAAGUAGACAUUUCAUCUGCCUUUAAAAUAUUGCCAAUCCAUCCAGACUUUUGGCAUCUUUUUGGCAUUCAUUGGCGUUCCCAAUUCUAUUUUGCAGUCCGACUAACUUUCGGAUGCAAAAGUAGUCCAAAAAUAUUCGACAUGAUGUCAGAAGCACUAUGCUGGAUUUUGUCUAAUAAUUACAAAAUCCCCCACCUCAUUCAUCUUCUAGAUGAUUUUCUCAUAAUUUCCCCCCCUUCUUCACCUCCAGCUAAGGACCUAGCGAUCACCCAACAGGUUUUCGCUAAACUAGGAAUUCCUCUCGCAGAGGAAAAAACCUCAGGACCCAGUACCACAAUCGAAUUUCUGGGCAUUAAACUAGACUCGAAAAAAUUUCAAGCAUCUCUCCCUAAAGAGAAAAUCGAUCGAAUCAUUUCCCUAUCCCAGAUAUUCCUAGAAAAACAGACAUGCACUAAACGUGAACUCCUAUCCAUUCUUGGCCAUCUUAAUUUUGCCAUGCGCAUAAUUCCUCAAGGCCGCCCAUUCAUUACUCACCUCCUCCAACUCUCCACUACAGUCCAUGGUUUAGAAGAAACAAUCCUUCUCUCUAAACCCAGUCGCGAAGAGCUAAGCUUAUGGAUCACCUUCCUUAAGCAAUGGAACGGCUGUUCCUUUUUCUACAGCGACUUUGUAGCAUCCCCCAUAGACAUUAAUUUAUUCACAGAUGCUGCCCCGUCAGUUGGUUUUGGAGGUUUCUAUAAUGGGCAUUGUUUGGCUGCCGCAUGGCCACCCCAAUUGACUUCCAUUCCAAAAAACCAAAGCUCUUCAGCCCUCUUCGAACUCUACCCAAUAGUUGCAGCAGCCAUUCUGUGGGGAGAUGAAUGGUCCACUUCUAGCAUUCUCGUUCAUUGUGAUAACCAAGCUACGGUAUACUGCAAUAAUAAAGGGCGUUCUCACUCCCCUUCAAUAAUGCCGUUUCUAAGACGCCUCACCUGGAUUUCUGCUCAAAAACAAUUUAUCAUAACUGCUGAACAUGUACCUGGUUGCAAAAAAAUUGCUGACUCUCUUUCUCGUUUUUCUUUCCAGAAAUUCUGGCGAUUGGCCCCAGAGGCGGACCUCCCUAUCUCUCAUAUUACAAGCUGUUUUUCCCCCGAGCCAUUUUCCAGCCACUCAUUUAGGAUUGGUGCCGCCACCACAGCAGCCUUCAACGGGCUUUCCCAGCAUCAGAUCCAGACACUCGGUCGCUGGUCCUCUGAAGCUUUCAAAUCCUACAUUCGCCUUAGUAAAUACCACCUCAGGGAAGCUCAACGAGCCCUCACCAUACUUCCAACCCCCACACUCCCUCCCUAA